CCACGCGCCCCCGGCCCCGGGCCCUUCCGCCGCCGCCAUGGCCCGGCCGCUGGUGCCCAGCUCGCAGAAGGCGUUGUUGCUGGAGCUCAAGGGGCUACAAGAGGAGCCGGUGGAGGGCUUUCGGGUGACCCUGGUGGACGAGGGCGACCUGUACAACUGGGAGGUGGCCAUCUUCGGACCCCCCAACACUUACUACGAGGGCGGCUACUUCAAGGCACGCCUCAAGUUCCCCAUCGACUACCCUUACUCCCCUCCUGCCUUUCGGUUCCUGACCAAGAUGUGGCACCCCAACAUCUACGAGACUGGGGACGUUUGCAUCUCGAUUCUCCACCCUCCAGUGGAUGACCCCCAGAGCGGGGAGCUGCCCUCAGAACGGUGGAACCCCACGCAGAAUGUCAGGACCAUCCUCCUGAGUGUCAUCUCCCUCCUCAACGAACCCAACACCUUCUCGCCAGCCAACGUGGACGCCUCUGUGAUGUACAGGAAGUGGAAAGAGAGCAAAGGCAAGGACCGCGAGUACACGGACAUCAUCCGGAAGCAGGUCCUGGGGACCAAGGUGGACGCAGAGCGGGAUGGCGUGAAGGUACCCACCACACUGGCUGAGUACUGCGUGAAGACCAAGGCCCCAGUGCCGGACGAGGGCUCCGACCUCUUCUAUGACGACUACUAUGAGGAUGGCGAGGCUGAGGCCGACAGCUGCUUCGGGGACGAUGAGGAUGACUCAGGCACAGAAGAGUCCUGACACUACAUCCCUGCGAAUAAACUUACAAAUUUUACCUCAGCCGCCCGACUGUCUGCCGCCGCCACUACCUCCGGGCGCCGCGUGGCUCGGCGCCGUCCACCCCAUCUCCGCCUCCAAGGAGGCCGCUGGGCUCGCGUCCCUGGGCCCCGCAUGGGCCAGACGCUGCUCAGGGACCCUAGCCUGCCUGCCCCGCCUGCUGGCCAGAGACUCAGGGUCCUGGCUUGGGAGUGGACGGACUGACUCAGAGUCACCUCUUCUCUCUGCUUUGGUUUGUUUGGAAUUUAAAUAAAGCAACUUUAUGAGAA